AUGGGGUCAACAAUGUAUGAAACAUCAGAAUAUCAGAAAAGGUUUUUCACACCAACAACUUGUACUCAGCAAAUUGAUUCACUUGGGAAUGUAUUAUAUGGUGCUGGAUCUGAUCUUAUCAAAAGUGAACUUGGUGCUUAUGGGGAGAAAUUUUUUGGUUCAAGUUCUGACUAUGUUCAAAGCAAUGGACAUUGGAUGAGAACUGCUGAUUUAGCUGGAGGAGAAUUUUCAUUUAAACCUCCAAUUUAUGAUAUUAAUGCACCUGAUUUGUACAUCCCAAUGAUGGCUUUUGGUACUUAUUUGGUUCUUGCUGGCUACUUCUUGGGCAUUACCACCAAAUUUAGUCCAGAAGCUUUAGGUGUACAAUUCACAACAGGAUUACUUUGUUGGCUUUUGCAAAUCCUUUUACUUGAAGCCACAUUACACUCUUUAGGAAGUGGAGAAGUGCCACUUCUUGACAUGGUUGCGUAUGGUGGCUACAUUUUUGUAGCAGCAUCAGUCAUUUUAAUUGCUAGGAUUAUUUGGGAUUAUUCAUUUCAUUUAAUUACAUUUUUUGAAUGCUUUUGCAUGGGAAUUUUCUUAAUAAAAACCAUGAAAAGAAUCCUAAUUGCAGAGGUUAGGAGCUUUGAAAAGCAUUCAACAAAAAGAAAUUACAUUUUGCUUUUCAUUGCCUUGUCUCAAAUUCCUUUGCUUUUUUGGUUGGGAAAUGUUGGUGUUGGAGCCAAGUGAGAGCGGAGGCAGAGGCGGACCCAGGAUUCGGUGAUCACAGAGGCUCUAUGAUAUUCAGUAUAAAUUUAUCACUGCUCAUAAAGAUUGGUACGGGGUCUAUACUAAUAUUUGACUAAUUUUUGGAGAUAUUUACAAGUAUACAUGAAUUUUUUGCUGAAACUUCGGGUACUGAUUACCCCU